AUGCUACUGGGGAAUAGUGGAGGGCAGUUACUAACAGUUCCAGAAAGAAUGAAGCUGCUGGGUCAAGCAGAAAUGGUGUACAAGUAUCUGGUGGUAAAAGUAAAGUCUGAUGAUAUAAAGAACAAUAUUGCAGCAUAUAUCAUUACAGACUAUAUGGGCAUCCGAAAUGAAAGUUUCAUGAAAUUAGCUGCAGUAGGGACCUGGAUGGGGGACUUUGUCACAGCUUGGAUGGUCACAGAUAUGAUGCUUCAGGACAAACCCUAUCCUGAUUGGGGAAAAUCUGCAAGAGCUUUCUGGAAGAAAGGAAAUGUUAGGAUCAUUUUAUUCUGGACUGUUCUUUUUACUCUGACGUCUGUGGUUGUACUUGUCAUUACAACUGACUGGAUCAGCUGGGACAAGCUGAAUCGGGGAUUUUUGCCCAGUGAUGAAGUUUCCAGAGCCUUUCUGGCUUCUUUCAUCUUGGUCUUUGACCUCCUUAUUGUAAUGCAGAGGCAUCGUAAGUCACCAGAACAAAGGCUCCAUUGCUGAAGGGGAAAUAAACUUCA